GUCAACCUGAAAGUCUCCAUUCGGGCUUCAGGACUUGCUGCUGUCACUGUGUUGCCAAACAUGACAGGUCAACCAGAGAUAAAUAACAAUUGUGGGACGUUUAGACCCUCCGGCUAUUACUACCAGGGUGUGUGGCGAGCACUAGGAGGCACCACAGUUCGCCAGUUCAAAACCUCCUCUGCCAUCAGUCAGUGUCUGAAAGGCAAGAUGGUCCACCUGUAUGGAGACUCCACCGCCAGGCAGUGGUUUCAAUAUUUGACCAAUGCACUACCAGAUCUCAAGGAGUUUAACCUGUACAGAAACAACAAAUUUGGACCUUUAAUGGCCUUGGAUCUAGCAAAUGACAUCAUGAUGACCUUCAACUGCCACGGUCCUCCUAUUAUCUCCGCUAUCACAGUUCCCAUUGCCGAGCUGCAUUACAUUGCCAAUGAGCUAGAUGGACUAACUGGAGGCACCAACACUGUUGUCGUUGUUUCCAUCGGGGCACAUUUUUGCCCUUUUCCCAUCGAGAUGUACAUCCGGCGGCUGCAGGACAUCCGUAGGGCUGUUGUGCGGCUGCUGGACAGGGCUCCAGGCACAUUAGUCAUCAUCAGGACUGUAAACCUCAGAGCUUUAAACCUUGAUAUUGCGCUGUUUCUCAGCGACUGGUACUUACUACAGUUUGACAAGGUUCUCAGAGCCAUGUUCAAGGGACUGAGUGUUCAUCUGGUGCAUGCCUGGGAGAUGAGCCUGGCUCAUCACGUGCCACACGACAUCCACCCACUGCCUCCUGUUGUUACAAAUAUGAUUAAUGUCCUCUUGUCCUACAUAUGCCCUCAAAAAAGUGGCUAGAAUUGUGUUUGUUGGGCAGUGCAGGGCAAAUUAGUCGAAAACAGCACUAUACAGUAGUAUUCAUUACACAUGA